UCCGCGAUUUUCCCCUGAAACGAUGUGCUAAACCGCAUCCAGUCGAUCCAGUGCACUCGAUCGAGAUCCGUCGUUCACGUCGUAUUUUCCAACAGCGAUCUGUCGGUUUUUCACUUUAUUUCCCCAUUUUUCUAAACGUUUGUUUUCUCUUGAACGUCCGACAAAUCCAUUCAACAGAUGCCGGAACUGUUUUUGCCCGCGAGCUACAUCAUAAUGGCCGAAGCUGAGCCGGACCUGAGCACGUUCGAGAACAAGACCGGACUGGCGGAGGACAUGAAGUUCCUUGCUUCGAUGCCGGAACUUUGUGACGUCACUUUUCUGGUCGGCGACACGAGGGAACCGGUCUGCGCAGUGAAAGCGGUUUUAGCUGCGCGUUCCCGUGUCUUCCACAAGAUGCUCUAUCAGCCUAGGUCAAAGUUUCGCAGCUACAGGGAACCAUCGGCUCCAAGUCCCCAAAGAAAAAAGGAACCACCACCGAGGGAGAACAAACUCAGAUUAUUCCUGAAACGGUCUUCUGAACCCCUUUUGAACUUACAAAACGCUUCUCAACAGAGAGGUGGUUACACCCAGCAGCUGGCUCCUAUCCAAGAGCCCCCAUCUCAGCAACAUCAAACCUUAAUUAUCGAGGAGUUUGAACCGGACGUUUUCAGACAAUUGAUCGAGUACAUCCACACCGGAUGUGUUACCCUUCAACCCAGGACCCUUUUAGGAGUGAUGAACGCGGCCGAUUAUUACGGACUGGACGAAUUGCGAAGAGCCUGCGCAGGUUUUGUCCAAUGUUGCAUCAAUGUGGACACCGUCUGUGCUCUUCUUGCUUCCGCCGAAAGAUACAUCCAGUACAAGUGUACCAAAUCCCUUGUUCAAAAAGUCUUGGAAUUCGUCGACGAACAUGGCAAUGAAGUCCUCAAUCUUGGCUCCUUCACACUUCUCCCUCAGCAUGUCGUCAGACUGAUCCUGGCCAGAGAUGAAUUGCAGGCGGACGAAUUUACAAAGUUCCAAGCCGCGCUGAUGUGGGGAAAGAAGUACUGCGACAAUAAUCCAAGCACUAAUCUGAAGGACGUGAUCGGCAACUUCCUCGAGUACAUCCAGUUCCAUAAGAUACCAGCCAACGUGUUAAUGAGGGAGAUCCAUCCGUUGGGCCUCGUUCCUUACAGCAUCAUCAUGAACGCGCUGGCGUAUCAGGCAGACCCGGCAAGUGUCGACCCCGGAAAGCUGUCGCCCAAUCGAGUGAGAAGGCAGCAGCAGGGCCGCAGCAUGUCGGUGCAGAGCUCCCUCGACCCGUACGGCUCCAACACAACGUUGAGCAGCAGCGCGUCCAGCGAACUCGCCUCCUCCGACGGCAAGCACUCGUCCAACUAACAUAAAGCCACUGUCCCCUGUCCUCAACCGCCGCAACCGCCGCCCAGACGACCUUCCGAGAAAUCCCAGCGCUCACCGCUCUCCCGGAAAUCCUCCUCGUCUUCCACGCCGCACCAUCAGUCCUUGACGCCGCAGGGCAGUCCGUACAGGGCGCCGCCCACGGUUACCGUGUCGAGCAGCACCCCGUCCAGCGCCCAAGGCAGUCCCAAGCACUCCUUCUCCUUCACCAUCGUGCUCAAGAAGGUCUCGCCGAAGGAAUGAAGGAAUUUUACAUAUCAACUAUCUGCAAACGCAUCACGCGUCUCCACAACACCCCACUCCGAAACUCUCAUUUGACCAAAUACCACCACAUUGUGGAGACGCGAAAUUUUGGUAGCCGGAAUCUGUUCAUACCUAAUUAUUGUUGAACAUCUUUCCGUCCUCCAAACGAUGUGAUAUCAUUUUUCCGACUGAUUAAAACCGAACGAAACCGAUCGAUUUGUGUCAGAAAACGUCGACAGUUUUAACAACGACUCAUCCAUCCAAAACAAAGAAAUGGCUUUUUAUUGAUUUGUUUAUUGAUAUUUUUCAAAAGCGCGCGCUCUUGCGACCAUUCGUUAUAAUUUAUCUGCGGAAAACUACAAUGGAAACGGUAAUUAAAACAAAUAACACAAAACGUAAAAUCAAAGUUUAGUCCGUUGUAGCCGUAAUGAAUUAUAUAUUGCUCUAAUUCUCUGAUUGGACCAAAUUAAAAAACGCACUGGAAACGGGAGAAUGUCAUAAUUGAUUAAAUGAACAAGAGCAAUAUACAAUUGUAUAUAUCUAUAUUGUAUUAAUAAAAAUAUUUAUUAUAUAUUAUAUGUGUGGAAAAUGUUUAUUAUACAAAACAUUUGCAUGCAAUUUUUGAUGAAUAUAUAAAAAAAGGUUUUUCACAGAAUAAUCUUUUUGUUAAAUUCUCUCAAAAAUAUUCUCAAGAAUUCUAAAAAUGUUUAUUUUGAAUUUUAUUCUAGCAUUUUUAAAUCAAGAAAAACUAGAGUAGUUUUCAGAAAUUUUUCUGGAUUUCUUUUGUGUAUUGAAGAGAGAAAAAAAUUGUGUCGCUCGAUUCGAUUCUUCUGUGGAAUUCCAUUGUAUUAGUAUAUAUAAUAUCGAAAAUGCUUUACAAAACUAUAUUAAUAUUGUCUCAGUAUUUACAAAAAUAUUUACAUCGUUACAUAUUUUGUCAAUGAUUAAAUUAAUUAAUCACUCAAAAAAUACAUAUAUUUCAGAUAGUUUUGUUUAUGAUAGUAAAAAAAGGAAAACAGUUGGUGUGAAUAUUUUUGUGUCCGUGUUAUUAUAAAUUGAUUUGUUAGAUUUUUAGGUAAAAUAAAAUAAUGUUUUACACUUGGCUGGACGUAGGACCAAAAUUAUUUGAAAUAGUGGACCAAAAAAAAUUAUAUAAUUAAGCAUAAAUUCCGUGCUGAACUGCGUCGGAAUGACUUCUAUUUUAGAAUAAGCUUUUAUUAAAUUUGUGUUGCCGAAAAACUUUCUGUAAUAAAAGCGCACGUUUUCUGACAACGAAUCGAAUCGGUUUCUCCAACGAAUAAAAAAAAUUCCUCCGUUUCUACUCAAAACUAAUAAGUAAUUCGUGUGAUAAAAAUCCUUAUGCAUCAAAUGCUUUAAAUUUACAAAUUUGUUGCCCCAGACAAGCACAAUAAUCCGCGUGAGUCUACCUCUUUUAGCAAUAUUUGUUGAAUGUACGAAACGAGAUGCAUAUUUUUGCGCGAAAACGCAACUUCCCAAACUACCCAGAAACAACAAUCAAAACGCACAGUCAAUUCGCAAGAGAAGUUGUCGUUUUUGCACUUGUUGUUUUUUACGUUUAGACCGUUCUUGAAUGUAAUGUCUUAACCCAAAAUAAAUGCAUGCGAUUGGUUGACCCGACACAAAAGCGAUCCUUUUUUACCCAACUUCCCCAGGAACCAGGGGAACAGUGGCUGAAAAACAUAAUAAUUAAACUGUUUAGAUUUAGAUUUCCGAACUCGACGAGUUCACUUUCGCGCACGCCAAAAUUUGUAACUGGUUGGUGUGCGCUUCUUCGUGACGAGCUUAAAACCACUCUGGCAGGUCUGUUUUGUGCCACUACAAAUUGUAUUUUUCUAUGUGACGAUUUGAAUGUAUCAAUUCGAUUAUAUCAGAGCUUGUAUUACAAUUGGUGGCAAAAAAAAAACACUUGCAUCUCUCUGAUAUUCUAAAACUAAAAUUAUGUGGUAUAACCCGAUAAUAAUAUGUUAAAAAUAAUUAUUAUCAUUAUAUUUUGUGUAUUGUUUUAGUACAAAAAUAGGGCAGUUACAACAAUGCAUUCCAUUUAAAUAAAAAAAUACUGUAACGAUCGCAUUUAAAUAGAGUAAAUUAAUAUAUUUGUUGUGCGCUUUGAUAUUAUAUUAAAAGUAUAAAAACAUUCGUUGCAGAAUUUCGAUGAAUUUAUUAUUAUUGUUGUACAUGUAUUGUUGUUUUAGGGAUUUAUCAUUUAUAUUUUUUGUAUUUUUCUAAAGAUUAAUUUAUGGGUUGUUGUGUGACAUUGUAUGUUGUCAAUCUGUACUUUAUAAACUCAACAUAAACUGUUCUGUAACUUUUUCAACAAAAGAAGGGCAUUGCUGAUGAUAUGUUGACCAAAUUGGUGAAAUAUAUGUGGGCUAAGAUGUUAUAAAAUAUAUUUAUUUAGUGAU